AUGGCGUCGAGCAAAUGGGACAAGGUGGGCUGCCAGGAUGUUGUCCCGGUAGUACUGACCUGUGACACGCCCAGCAACAACAUCUACAGAUACCCAGUGAUAACUAACACGAAGGUGGAAGUCCUCGAGGAGCUGCCUUUUCCUGCCGUCACCUUCUGCAAUCUGAGUCCGGUUAAUCUAACCAAGAUUAAAGCAGUCGAUCCUUAUCUGGAGGAGUAUUUCACAAAGACCAGCAUUUGUUCGAUGAAUGGUGUUGGAUACCCAUGUAUCGCUGCAAUGAAACCACGUUUCACUCAUAUGGGUCAUUGUGCCACCUUCAACUGGAAUGCUUCUGAUGUUGCUAAAGUUCGACUUACUGGAUCAGACUACAGUCUCAUCAUGAAUGCCAAUAUUGACCAGGCUAACUAUGUUCUUGGGGCCGAAUUGGCUGCUGGGAUGAAGGUAAUUGUACACGACCCUCGUGUACACCCAGAUCUUGCGACAUCGUCCUUCCUGGCAGCUCCAGGAACAUCAACAUACGCUUCUGUUCGCAGAUCAACGUACGAGUACCUGCCACCACCUUAUCAGGCCUUCAAGAGCCGGACAUGCGUGGAUACUUUGUCACCCUCAUUUCACAACACGCUGCAAUUUUUCGACACCUACACAUAUGAAAAUUGUCUCCAGGAAUGCAUCACAACGUUAAGUCACGACCGUUGUGGUUGCAUUCAGCCAGCAGAUAACGCAAGUAUUGGACACAUUUGUUCCCUCUACCACUUCACAACCUGCUACGUUCCAACAUAUAGUGAGUUCAGUCUGCUGCUAUGUUAA